GAAUAAUGGAGGGCAGGGUGAUGUCAAGUUAGGAUGAUAUAAAAGCUCAUGUUUUAAUUUCUAAUGCAUUCCUGCUAGAGAGAAGUUUUACCCUACAUUUUGCAGAUUUAAAGACUUGAAGGAAGUUGAAGAAGAACCCAAAGCCUAUACAUAUUUAGAAAUAAAAUAAUGAACUUAUAACAUCACAGUGAAAGUUGUGUAGUCUUAGCACAGCACCUUUACUAGUCAACAUACUGUAGUAUACUGUAGAGUCACAGUAUCACUGACAAUGAAUAAUUCCCCACAUUCAUUUCCAGCAGACACAGCACCUCUUAGCCCAACACGUUUUCAGGUGAAUGUUGUUAGUGAGGGCUAUGACAAUCCCACCUGUGAAGGAGAUAAGGACCCUCCACAAUAUGAAGAGACAUCUUUUGCUAGAGAAGACAGGCUUAGAAUGAAUUAUGGUCCCGGAAAUAGGGAGAUGUUCAACAACAUCCUGCACAAUGGGGACACUAUUAAGACAGAAGGAAGUUUCCAUCCUUAUGAUACUCACAAUCAAACAUAUUACAUGAAAACAUUUGGUCACAACACCAUGGAUGCUGUUCCCAAUAUCGAUUAUUAUAGAAAUACCGGCAGUAUCUCUGGAGUUAAGAAAAUACGGCCAAGCCUGGCAGAGAUCCAUGAGCAGCUGUCAAAGGAUGUGGCAGUGACUCCUGGCUCCGUUUCCAAUGGAGAAGGUGCAUUGGGCGAAGAAGAUCAGAAUCCAGAAGAACCACAAAAGGGAGGAUUUGUAAAAUUUGGGUGGAUAAAAGGUGUUCUGGUCAGAUGCAUGUUAAAUAUAUGGGGUGUGAUGCUUUUUAUUCGUCUUUCGUGGAUUGUUGGUCAAGCAGGAAUCGGUCUUGGAGUGGUUGUCAUAGCCCUCAGUGUGGUGGUAACUACAUUGACAGGUCUUUCUAUGUCAGCUAUAUGCACCAAUGGCAUUGUCAGAGGAGGUGGAGCGUAUUAUCUUAUCUCCAGAAGCCUGGGACCAGAAUUUGGUGGAUCCAUUGGACUUAUUUUUGCUUUUGCCAAUGCUGUAGCUGUUGCUAUGUACGUGGUUGGUUUCUCAGAAACAGUUGUGGAUCUUUUAAAGGACAAUGAUGCAAUCAUGGUGGAUGAAAUGAAUGAUAUAAGGAUUGUGGGGACUAUAACAGUAAUCCUACUGCUCGGCAUCUCCGUCGCUGGCAUGGAAUGGGAAGCAAAGGCUCAAGUUGGAUUGUUGGUUAUACUCCUCAUUGCCAUUGCCAACUUUUUUAUCGGAACUGUUAUCGAAACCACAGAAGAGAAGAGAGCAAAAGGAUUCUUUAACUAUCAAGCUUCGAUAUUUGCUGAGAACUUUGGUCCAGACUUCAGGAAUGGCGAAGGCUUUUUCUCUGUCUUCGCUAUUUUCUUCCCAGCAGCUACAGGAAUUCUUGCAGGGGCAAACAUCUCAGGAGAUUUGGAGGAUCCACAAGAUGCUAUUCCAAAGGGAACCAUGCUGGCCAUCUUAAUCACUACUAUUGCUUAUUUAGGAGUAGCUAUUUGCACAGCUGCAUCUGUAGUACGUGACGCCACGGGAAACAUCAACGAUACAAUCACUUCUGCCAUAAACUGUAACGGAUCGGCAGCCUGUGGUCUUGGUUAUGAUUUCUCCAUAUGUGAAUCCCAAAAAUGUAACUAUGGGCUGAUGAAUAACUUUCAAGUGAUGAGUAUGGUAUCAGGAUUUGGCCCCCUGAUCAUUGCUGGAAUUUUCUCAGCCACCCUGUCCUCCGCUCUGGCAUCACUUGUCAGCGCACCUAAAGUAUUUCAGGCUCUCUGCAAGGAUAACAUUUACAAAGCACUUCACUUUUUCGCUAAAGGACAUGGAAAAAACAACGAACCAAUCAGAGGAUAUGUUCUUACAUUCAUCAUCGCACUGGCUUUUAUCCUGAUUGCUGAACUGAAUACCAUUGCACCCAUCAUCUCUAACUUCUUCCUGGCUUCUUAUGCUCUUAUCAACUUCUCCUGUUUCCAUGCUUCAUAUGCAAAAUCGCCAGGAUGGAGGCCUGCAUUCAAGUAUUACAACAUGUGGGUGUCCCUGUUUGGAGCUUUGCUGUGCUGCGGUGUGAUGUUUGUCAUCAAUUGGUGGGCUGCUGUCAUCACUUAUGCGAUAGAGCUCUUCCUGUACAUCUAUGUGACAUACAAAAAGCCAGAUGUAAAUUGGGGAUCUUCAACACAGGCUUUUCAAUACACAAGAGCCUUAAACAGUGCUUUGGACUUGAACAUUAUCGAUGAGCAUGUGAAAAACUUCAGACCUCAGUGCUUGGUUUUAACUGGUGCACCAAUGGCAAGACCAGCCCUUUUGGACAUUACCCACUCUUUCACAAAAAACCUGGGGCUCUGUAUAUGCUGUGAGGUGUUUUCUGGACCACGCAAACAGGCUGUAAAAGAAAUGAAUGCUGGGGUGUUAAAAAAGCAGACAUGGUUAUGUAAGAACAAGAACAAAGCCUUUUAUGCUGCCGUUGCUGCUGAAAACUUCCGGGAAGGUGCAAGAACACUUAUUCAGGCUGCCGGUUUGGGAAGAAUGAAGCCAAAUACCCUGGUGUUGGGCUUCAAGAAAGAUUGGAGACAGGCCAGCACGGUGGACUUGGCAAACUACGUGGGCAUACUGCAUGAUGCUUUUGACUUUGAAUACGGAGUUGUAAUUGUACGAAAUAGCCAAGGAUUUGACAUCUCUGCAUUUCUUCAGGCUCAAGAGGAAUUCCGGAGACUAGAACAAGAGAGACUGGCACUUGAAGCAACCAUUAGAGAGAGUGAAUUUCAAGAUGGAAAUAGUAGAAUUCGCAGGUUCUUUGGUAAAUCCAAGAUGAAUAUUUCCAGUGCAGCAUCUAAGAAAGAAGUCAGUACAGCUCCACCAAUGCACAUGGGAGAGUAUAACCAGAGAAUUGUAGAAGCUAGUGAACAAUUCAAGAAGAAGCAAGAUAAGGGCACUAUUGAUGUUUGGUGGCUGUUUGAUGAUGGAGGUUUAACAUUACUUAUUCCACAUAUUCUGACCUUGAAAAAGAAAUGGAAGGAUUGUAAACUGCGAAUCUUUAUAGGCGGAAAAGUGAACCGUAUUGAGGAUGAAAAAAUGAUGAUGGCCUCACUUCUCAGUAAGUUCCGCAUUAAAUUUGCCGAUGUAUAUAUAGUUGCAGACAUUAACUCUAAGCCAAGCAAAGAAAGCUGGAAAUUUUUUGAAGAGAUGAUUGAGCCAUAUAGACUCCAUGAAAGUGCCAGUGAUGUACCCACUGCAGAUAAAAUAAGGAGAGAAAACCCUUGGAAAAUAACAGAUUCAGAACUUGAGAUGUUCAAGGAAAAGAGCUAUCGCCAAGUCCGUCUUAAUGAACUUCUACAAGAACAUUCUCGUUCUGCUAACCUCAUUGUUCUGAGCCUCCCAGUUGCAAGAAAAGGAACAAUUUCUGAUCACCUGUACAUGGCAUGGGUAGAAAUCCUCUCCAAAAAUCUUCCCCCUGUGCUACUGGUUAGAGGAAAUCACAAAAGUGUCCUGACUUUUUACUCUUAAUGCUAAAAGCCUUUAUUACCUCACACUUGUAUUUACUGUGUCUAAAAAAAAAAAAGUGAUAUACAAGAAAAAAAAAGUUUGGGGGUGAAAAUUCAAAUUGCAUAUCUUAUAUGAAAGAGUAUUGUAAUUCAAAUGACCAAUAGUGAUUGAUGAGACUUAGAUAACAUAAGAGCUUUAUUUGUCACAAACAAUAUGUAGCUCUAUAUUAUAGCCUUACAUUGGUAUAAUCAGUUCUCUAUUCUAUUUUAUUGAAUGUGUAAUGUUUGGCCACCUAUGAACUACAUAUUAUAUAUUUUUAUGGAAACACAGAAAUGUUCUAUAUUAUUUUAUCAGUCUUAUUGAUUCAACUCUAGACAUCUGAAUGUAUGUAAAGAUGAAUAAAUCUAUUAAAAUAACUUAUUUUAAAGUUUAUGCAAUCUUUCAUGUUAUCCCAAGUUUUCUUGUUCACCUUGCUUUGGUUUACUAUAUUUUGAUAUCAUGCUUUAAUGGUCUGAUUUGGAUUUCUUUGGAGCAAUCAAUAAAUGUAAUAAAAUAUGUAACUGGA